UUGCCAACUUUAACAUGAAGUCUGCUUUACAGUAACAAAAAGUUGAAAGCAAAUAUUAAACAUUAAAAUAAAAAAGGCACUUUUCGAUUGAAAAAUCGGUCAAAAUCAAAGCAACGAAAAAUAAAAUGAUUGCGUCACUGAUUGUGCAUUAUUUGAAACGUUUUUAACUCUAAAACAAAUUUUUUCUCCCGUUAAAAAUCUUGUACUUUAUUUCUACAGAAAGCCGGUAAAAGCAACAAAAUUUCGCUAAAAUAAAUUGGAAAAUUUGGCGUGCACUUUGCGCGAGUGUAGCGAUUCUGUUAGGAGGGGCAGAGAUUGGCAGAACUAAACUGGAAAAGUGAAAAAGUAUAGUGCAACAAAGUUGGGUGAAGUGAAGACGAAAGAAAGACGUGGGUAGUCGUAAACAAAAACAGUGCAUUCGUUGCAGUUUGAUACAGAGAAGCUUGUAAUCACGUAGUUUCGAUUCUCUGCACCACGAUUCAGCCAGCGGCCGGUAUUCGCGAACGUGUUCCGUUGACCAAAAUAUUGCCGCCUCUAUUGCUCACACGGAAGUCGAAGCGGCGGAAUUUUCGCUUAGCGGUGCGUGCAUAGGUAAGAGUGAGACAAUACCAUAAUCGUAGGGUGCACACUUUGACAGCGAAACAGAGUGGAAACGUCGUAAAAGGCAGAAAGAAAUUCGCCUUAACUAGGACGGACUUUUUUCGCUUAGACCAUUUUGAAAAAAUAAAACAUGGCUGGUAGAGGCAGCAUCGAUCAUUCAAGGAACUUUGGAGACCGUCCAGGAAAGCAAUUACCAACGGAGCCUCCAUUCAUUGCAUAUGUAGGAAACUUGCCACAGGGACUAGUACAAGGCGAUGUGAUUAAAAUUUUCCAAGAUUUCGAGGUAAAAAAUGUACGUUUGGUUAAAGACCGAGAAACGGAUCAAUUCAAAGGAUUCUGUUACGUGGAAUUUGAAACGUUGGAUAACCUAGAACGCGCUUUGGAAUGCGACGGACGCAUUAAAUUAGAUGACUUAUCUGCACCGUUAAGAAUUGAUAUAGCCGAUCGCAGGAAAAACGAACGGGGUGGAGCUACCGGUGGUGGCGGUUUCAACAAACGAGGCCCGCCCAGACAAGGUGGUGCUACCGGGGGCAGCGGCGGUGGUGGUGGCAAUCACCAAUUCAAUCGUGGUGCCGGUGGUGGUAAUCGUGGAGAUAAUAGAGGUUCGUACAAUGAUAAUUAUGGUCACAACGAUAGAAAUCGCGGCGGAGGCGGCGGCAGCGGUGGUGGUGGUGGCAUGAAUAGAGGAUAUAACGAUCGUCCAGCGAAUCGUGGUCGUUAUGGCAAUUUCAACAAUGAUGAUCGUUUCGAGCGAAAUCAUGAUCGCAAUAAUCGCGAAGGAAGCUUUGGCGCUCAAAGUCGAGAUGGCGGAAACGAUCGCUACAACAAUUUCAGCCGUAAUAGAGGUGAACGCGAGCGUCCACACUUUAAUCCCAGUCAUAAUGAAAGACCCGCACCGGCUCCGGCUCCGUUAGGCAGUAUAGAUGACAGCGAGAGGCCACGGUUAAAUUUGAAACCACGAACCAUUCAAGCGCCCAUCAAUGCGCUGGCAGAGACAAAGCAGGCGGCUGCGAUCUUUGGCAAUGCCAAGCCUCGCGAAGAGAAAUUCAAGGAACCAGAGAACGAUACUAAGGAGCAUGACGAUGUAGAUGAAUAAAGAGAGAGUGAGAAGAGAGUCGUUUUGUCAUAUAAUUGAAAUAAAAAAGAAAACUAAAAGCAGUAAACAGAAAGAAAACCAGACAAAGAAUAAAACUUCAAUACAAAUUGCUAUAAACAUUAAAAACUUUAUAUGAUAAAACUUAGCAGCAGUAACAUCAGCAAAUAGCAAAUGCAAACAUCAAAAAUAAAAUAAUUUUUUUUUCUCAAGUGGCAUCUUUUGCGAAAAUGGAAGUGAAAAUAAAAGGGGAAAAGGAUAUUUGAUUAAAGCGGACAAGGAGAAAAAACGUGCGAAUUGAAAUAAAGAAAGAAAAAACGAGCGAAAAGUAAUUGUGCAACACGAGUAAAGACUCUCAAACAAAAUAAAUGAUAAAUAAACAAAAGAAAAUUACUAAAACUAAAUUGACGCUAACGCGAAAAUAGAAAGCAUCAGCAUCGACUGACUGAGAGCAAAAGCAAAGUUAAUAUUACAGAGCGAAAACACGAAGUUAACGGGCGCGAGUGAAUUUAACAAGGGACUUGUUAAACAAGCUAGCUAGCAGGCCUAGUAAAGUCUAGUGGGUUUGGUAUUGUGGGAAACGAAGCGACGCGUGGGUGGCGAUUGCGGACAUAACAUUCGUUUGCGGACAUUGUAUAACUUGUGACGGCAAAGAGUUUAAGGCAGAGAGGAAAGGUGUAUGCAAAUGAAAAUCGAAAUUAAUUGGAAUUAAACAACUAGAUAUUUUAAAAUAAAGGAGUAAUGCAACAAAAAAACUGAAUAAUUUAAAACUUAAUGCAAAGCGGAACGCAAAAUAUAAAAAAGCCUAUGUUAAGAAUAUAUUUAAAUAAACUUAUUAAUACUAUACACAUAUAUUAUAGAGUUCUAGACUACCACAGAUAACUGAAAAGCGGAAAGCGAAAAGAAAAAAGAAAAAGAGUAAAAAGCAAUAAGAUGGAAAUAUUUGAGUAAAUUAAAGAAAUUAAAGUAAAAACCCAAUCCGAGGUAGAAAAAGCAGUUAAAAUAAAUAAUUAAUCCCUUCCCUCCUCAAAUUAGAAAAAGAAAAAAGGCAAUUAACAUAAAAGCAAAGCGCUACACACGUUAAGGAAAAAACACACGCAUACAUAACAACAAAUUAUAUUAAUUAUAUUUAAAUUUAAUAUAAAUAUAUGUAAUAAACUACUCUAAUAUAAAUAUUUGCAUCAUACAUCCAAACAAAAACAUAUUAUAUUACAUUUUACAUGCGAACACAGUAAGAACUGUGACUAAACGACUUGAAUGUGAAAACAAAUAACAGUAAAGUAAUAAAGUAAAUAAAAACA